AUGCCUCCGGACAGUGAUCCGUUAUGCGAACUAGGCCGCAUGACGGAAGAGAGCGCGCUGUACCAAGUAGACGACGAAAUAGCAACAUAUUCAUGUCAUAUUGAUUCCAUCCUGUUGCUAGGAAAGAUCGAUAUUGUCGCCAGAUACUACUUGAAUCGACGCAUUUCCAGAGACAUCGAAAGCAAGACAAGACAAUGA